AGUGACAGUAAUGACACAUAAGUCAGACCUCCUAAUGCUCAAAAAUGUCAUCUUUUUCUUCAAGGUGUGAUUACUGAUGUGAAUUUGAGAUAAUUACCGAAAAUAAUACGUGCUCUCAUCAUUUAUCAUCAGAAAAUUACAAAUCUAAUUUCAUUUUCCCGAAUUUCCGGCGGUUUCAAGCGAAUCUGCACUACAAACAAUGGCUGCAGGAACUACUUUGCAGAAAGCAAUUGAACUUGUAACAAAAGCAACAGAGGAAGACCGCAAAAAAAACUACGAGGAAGCUCUACGUCUCUAUGAACACGGAGUUGAAUAUUUCCUACAUGCCAUAAAAUAUGAGGCCCAAGGUGAAAAAGCGAAGGAAAGUAUACGGGCCAAAUGUGUGACGUAUCUUGAGAGAGCAGAGCAAUUGAAAGAAACCGUACGGAAGGGAAAGAAAAAGCCCGUUUUAGAUGGAGGAUCUUCCAAAGAUGACAAAAAGAGUGAUAGCGAUGAAGACGAGGAUGAUCCCGACAAGAAGAAGCUUCAGAAUAAACUAGAAGGAGCUAUAGUGGUGGAAAAGCCUCACGUGAAAUGGAGCGACGUUGCAGGACUGGAUGCCGCUAAAGAAGCUUUGAAGGAAGCCGUGAUCCUACCGAUUCGUUUCCCUCAUCUCUUCAGUGGAAAACGAGUCCCUUGGAAGGGAAUUUUACUUUUUGGACCCCCUGGUACUGGUAAAUCAUUCCUGGCGAAAGCGGUGGCUACGGAGGCUAACAAUUCCACUUUCUUCUCCGUCUCGUCUAGUGACCUGGUAUCGAAAUGGUUGGGGGAAUCUGAGAAGCUGGUGAAGAAUCUUUUCGAGCUGGCUCGGCAGCACAAACCCAGCAUUAUUUUCAUUGAUGAAAUCGAUUCCCUCUGUUCUUCCCGUUCGGAUAAUGAAUCGGAGUCAGCGAGACGAAUAAAAACCGAGUUUUUGGUGCAAAUGCAAGGUGUGGGCCACGAUACUGAAGGCAUUCUCGUUUUGGGUGCCACCAAUAUUCCAUGGGUGUUGGACGCCGCAAUUCGUAGGAGAUUCGAAAAGAGGAUUUACAUACCACUGCCCGAGGAACCUGCGAGAGCUGUUAUGUUCAAAUUGCAUUUAGGAAAUACGCACACGGAACUGACCGAGAGUGACAUUAAGGAGCUUGCCAAGAAAACAGACGGAUACUCUGGGGCAGAUAUUAGUAUCGUGGUUCGAGACGCUCUCAUGCAACCCGUUCGGAAAGUUCAGACCGCCACACAUUUCAAGUAUAUUCGUGGGCCCAGUCCCAAGGACCCCGACACUAUAGUUGACGACCUGUUGAUUCCCUGCUCGCCGGGAGAUUUUGGUGCUAUGGAGAUGUCUUGGAUGGAUAUACCUAGCGAGAAAUUGGCAGAGCCCCCCGUUACUCUGAAUGAUAUGUUGAGAUCCCUAGCCACCUCCAAACCGACAGUCAACGACGAAGAUCUCACGAAACUGAAGAAGUUCAUGGAAGAUUUCGGUCAGGAAGGAUAGGUUAGGUAGUUUUUAUGUAAAAUUGUCUUCAAUUGCAAGUUAUAUCUAGAAAUUGUCACUCACAAGCAUCGUUAUGAAAUUCCCGCUGCAGAACUAUUCCUAUUCGGCAAAGUUUCGGACGUUAUUGUUGCUUUACAACUUUUUUUUUUAUAAAUGAAAUUUGUUUUAUUCUAUACGAUAUGAAGAGCCUUAUUUUGAAUUAAGAUAACAUAGUUUAUAUUUGUAUUCUUAUUGAAAUAAAAUAGAUGAGCCAAA